CGCGGGGCAUUCUGGGUCAGAGGAGGCUGUCGAGGAGUUGAUCCGUUGUUGCUCUUGACGGGCGGAUACCGAACCGGGACUCUACAGGGCGGGAUUGACCGUGAGCUGCAGCCGUCGAAGUGCCUUCAGCCAUGGGCCACGGAGACCUGAUGAGCCAGGCGGAGGAUGUAGCGGACCAGUUCCUCCGUCUUACCAAACACUACCUCCCCCAUGUUGCUCGUCUCUGUCUGGUCAGUACUUUCCUGGAGGACGGCGUUCGGAUGUGGUUCCAGUGGGCGGAGCAAAGCGAGUACAUCGACUCCACCUGGGGCUGUGGACGCUUCCUGGCCGGCGUCUUCGUCCUGCUCAACCUGCUGGGGCAGCUGGGAGGUUGUGUGUUGAUCCUGAGCAGGAACUUCGUCCAGUACGCCUGCUUCGCCCUGUUCGGCAUCAUCAGCCUCCAGGUACACACAAUGCAUGGCAACACGGCAAUGCAAUGA